GCGCCUCCUGGGUCGUCUCCGGAGUCCGCAGUGAGCAGGUCCGGGGCUCCCGGGUCCUCCGCGGGCUCCUGGCGGCGUCUAGCCUCGGAGCGGCUGCUGCAGCGGCAGGGCCUGGUGGUCGGGCCGCCUGCCCUUCCCUGUCUUACUCGCCCGGAUUCCGAGUUCUGCCGGAGGGGCCCGAGCCGCGGUGCCAGGAUGGGAAACAGUGCCCUCCGCGCUCACGUGGAAACCGCGCAGAAAACCGGGGUCUUUCAGCUGAAGGACCGUGGGCUGACCGAGUUCCCUUCAGAGUUACAGAAGCUGACGAGCAAUCUCAGGACCAUCGACUUAUCCAACAACAAGAUCGAGAGCCUGCCGCCUGUGAUUAUCGGGAAGUUCACGCUGCUCAAGAGCCUCUCCUUGAACAACAACAAACUGACUGUUCUUCCUGGUGAGUUAUGCAAUCUGAAAAAACUGGAGACGCUAAGCCUGAACAACAAUCACUUGAGAGAGUUGCCGUCUACCUUUGGGCAACUGUCUGCCCUCAAGACCCUGAGCCUCUCUGGGAACCAGCUGCGAGCACUACCACCCCAACUUUGUAACCUGCAGCACCUGGAUGUGGUGGAUCUCUCCAAGAACCAGAUUCGGAGCAUACCUGACAUAGUGGGGGAGCUGCAGGUCAUCGAACUCAACCUCAACCAGAACCAGAUAUCUCAGAUCUCAGUAAAGAUAUCUUGCUGUCCUCGCCUUAAAGUUCUUCGCCUGGAAGAGAACUGCCUUGAGCUCAGCAUGCUUCCACAGAGCAUCCUCAGUGAUUCCCAGAUCUGUCUGCUUGCUGUGGAAGGCAACCUUUUUGAAAUAAAGAAACUUCGAGAACUAGAAGGCUAUGAGAAGUACAUGGAGAGGUUCACGGCCACCAAGAAGAAGUUUGCAUGAUAUUCUCCACCAACGUGGGAAUCCUUAUAGGACGUUAAUUUGGAACCUGCUGCAAUCUGGCUGAAGCGAAGGCUCCUGUUGCUGUCAAGGAUGUCUGCAGUAAGGAGCUGAUACUCCAGGAGAUUAUAUUGCAUUUGAUCUCUUUCCUUUCCAGAGCUUAUCUUAAAUAAGCUAAAAGGAAUCAACAGACAGGAAGAAUUCUCCAUUUUGAGUCAUGAAUAGGGCAAUGGACAGUGCUGAUCUUCAUCAUUAGUUUGGUUGUUAAGAGACCAAUAGUUAGUUGCUAUUUAUACAGUGAGGGGAUGCUGCCUGGUAAUAGAAGAGCUCCACACCACGGCUUGAAAUUUCAUGUGUAGUUUCAGUGAGAGCUUUCAUAAAAUCAGCUGGCAUCCCACUUCUGUGUUAACAUUUCACAUUUUUAUGAUACUGAAAUAACUUGUUGAGAGGCUGCUAUGGUUAUUCUAAGGAUCUGUGUUUUGUUCCAGUCCAUCAGUUCAAUUAUAGUAUUUAUACUUGGAAUUUAGGAUGUACAUAAACGUGUGACUGUCUUGAUUAAAAGUGUACCUUGUCAGAGAAGCGUCACUACAACACUAAGACAUGUUCCCAAGGCUGCAGUAGCAACUUCUUUACUAUUGCAGGUGCCUUAUUGGUAGAGGGCUCUGAAGAGCUAGAACCAUAUAUGCAAAACUUGUAAGAUACAAGGGUUUUAAUAAUCAAGAUUUUCCUGAAGCUUUGUUAGAAAUAAUGUCUUAUUUCUGGUAAUCCUUUUCUCCUUUUUGUAUUUUAUAACUCUACUAAUCAAAUUACCUGUCAAAAAGCAACUAUAGUAUUUUAAAACAACCUAUGUUUAUCAAGUUUAUUCUCUGAAUGAGAGAAUAUAUUAAAUAAAGAAUUUUUAAUGAA